AUGCCCUUGAAGCUUGGGUUGAUCUCGGACGUUGACAACUACGUCAGGAAUUACAUGCAUAAAGCUUGUAGCUCCCUUCCUCUCCGCCUCUCGUGCGAGCGGGCUGGUGACGCUGGGGGAUGCUCAACAAAACGUGGAUCGCAGGGCGCUGCUAGGUCCGUGAUCUUUCCCGUGAGGAUCAAGAUGCUAUUCUCAAACAGAGAAAGCUGGGGGAAGUUGGUUCCCAAGCUGCAGCAACCAGAAGAGAGACGCACAUCACGUCCCGCCUCGGUGUAUCUAGCGGCUGGCCGAGCGAUGAAGGAGACGAGAAGCAGUGGCGGCGGGCGGGACCGCCACAUCAAUGCCACCUACGGCUCCCGGGGAGCGGGGUCUCUGCCGAGAAAGGCCAACAACAGCCAAUCAGCAAACAACCGGGAGCAGAAAAGGAAGGCGUAG